AAACCAGGACAAGUUUUCCUUGGACGAGAGCGAAGACGCCGGUGACCAAACCCUAAGCCUAGCCUCGCCCUCUUCGCCUCAUCCAUUUUUAAAGUUUUUUCGAGAAGAAGAAGGAAAGAUGACGGCCGAUGUAGAGAUGGAGGUCCAGGCGCCGUCCAGUUCUGUACCCUCCGCCACUGUUCCUUCCACUCUUCAACAUUUGAAGGAGAUCGCGUCCUUGAUCGAGACUGGCGCGCAGGGCAAGGAGGUGCGACGGAUCGUGCGGGCUGUGCGCCUGACGAUGAUGCUUCGCCGAAAGCUCAGGGCGUCUGUGUUGUCCGCGUUCCUCGGCCACGUCCUCCCCUCGGGCUCCGAGGCGUUUGCUAAGCUUUCUUCAUUUCUUCCCAAGGAUGAUGAGCAUGACAUGGAUGUGGAUACAGCAGCAUCAGCGGUACAAGGUCCUGCUAAGCAUUGUAUACCGGAGCUGGAAAUUUUUUGCUACUUGAUUGUUCUCAUAUAUCUGAUUGACCAAAAGAGAUACAAUGAGGCUAAAGCAUGUUCUUCUGCUAGCAUUGCUCGCUUAAGGAACAUAAACCGAAGAACUGUGGAUGUUAUAGCUUCCCGUUUGUACUUCUAUUAUUCAUUCAGUUAUGAACUCACAAAUAGUCUUGCUGAGAUUCGUGGGACUCUUCUUGCAUUGCAUAGGAUGGCGACCUUACGACAUGAUGAGUUGGGUCAGGAAACCCUUCUGAACCUUCUACUUCGCAAUUAUCUCCAUUACAACUUGUAUGACCAGGCAGAGAAGCUAAGGUCGAAAGCACCACGUUUUGAGGCACACUCGAAUCAACAGUUCUGUCGGUAUCUCUUUUACCUUGGAAAAAUAAGAACCAUUCAGUUGGAAUAUACUGAUGCUAAAGAGAGCCUUCUGCAAGCUGCUCGGAAAGCUCCAGUUGUGGCCCGUGGAUUUCAAAUCCAGUGCAACAAGUGGGCAGUCAUUGUCCGUUUACUUCUUGGCGAGAUCCCUGAAAGAACUGUUUUCAUGCAGAAAGGCAUGAAGAAGGCUUUGACACCAUACUUUGAGCUAACUAAUGCUGUGCGGAUUGGAGACUUGGAGCUAUUUAAAAUUGUUGCAGACAAGUUUUCAGGGACUUUCAGUUCAGACAGGACCCAUAAUCUGAUUGUCAGGCUACGCCACAAUGUGAUAAGGACUGGACUCCGCAAUAUUAGCAUUGCAUACUCUCGGAUUUCCCUUGCUGAUGUAGCUAGAAAACUGAGAUUGGACUCACCGAAUCCUGUGGCUGAUGCAGAGAGCAUAGUAGCCAAAGCCAUUAGAGAUGGGGCAAUAGAUGCAACUAUAGAUCAUUCUAACGGAUGGGUGGUCUCCAAGGAGACCGGGGAUGUCUACUCCACCAAUGAACCACAGAUUGCAUUCAAUUCGAGGAUUGCCUUCUGCCUCAACAUGCAUAAUGAAGCUGUGAGAGCACUGAGGUUCCCACCAAACUCCAACAAGGAGAAAGAAAGUGAAGAGACGAGGCGGGAGAGGCAACAGCAAGAGCAGGAGCUUGCUAAGCAUAUUGCAGAGGAAGAUGAUGAUGAUUUUUAGUCGUCUUUAAAAAACGUAAUUCAGGUUAUUAUGGGCAGCUCCUACUUUGGAGCUGUUGCAAAAGAUUGUGAUGAUACUCGCAAAAGAUUGUGGAAUAUAAAACUAGUGAUGCUGUUGUCUUUGCUUCUUAUCAGACCUCGAGGUUUUGGCAUCUGUGGUGGUUCGAACUGAACCCUAUCGGUAAACUGCUGAAUUAAUUAUUGCAUUUUCUUUAUCCAUGUUGUAUUUAGUGAUGUAUGAACCCUAUCAGAAAACUGCUGAAUUAAUGAUUGCAUUUUCUUUA